GUGAACAGACUCCACGCAGCAUAGAUGAUCCAACAAGAGUGAUUUGAUUUACCGCAACCAAGAGCCCCAAAAAAUAAAAUUUCCCCAGCGAAAUCCACCAGAUGUCGGGUUCUCGAUCUCCCCGAUGGUGAACAGACUCCACGCAACACCGCUGAUUGCCAGUAAUGGCCAAGAGGUGGGGAAAGCGAGGAGAGGAUGGCGCCAAGCCAGCAACCAAAUACUUAUCCUCGAAGACGAUGUCAGCCACAGAUGGGCGUGAUUCCUCGGCAGACGUCGCCGGCGGGCGCUCCAUGUUCUUCGAUAGAGACGGGUGCGGCGGCGGCGGUGUUAGUGGGAUCAGGUAGCAUCUCAUAGCACACCGCCUCGACGGAGCCAUCCACCGAUAUGCCGCUUGACAAAGGAGGGGACGACGGCAAGUGGUUUUGGGUUCAUUAAUUAGAUUCCAUUAAUUAAGAUUAUUAUUUUUGUCUAUAAAGUUCAAAAAAAAAUUACAGAAUGAUACUGAUUCAAUCGCAUCAAACCAUCAGCUGACAACUUGAUCAUUUAGUUACAUCGGCUUAUUUAUUUGAGGCAAUUAACAUUUCGAUGACCGAAAUCCCUUCUUCUUCUCCUCCUCCUCCCAUAACCUUGGAAAUCUGAACAACUUUAUCCAUCUGAGAUUCUAAGAUCAAAAAUUGUCAUGUAAGCCAUAUGUAACCCAAAACAACCAUCCAUAUUUCUCUCCAUCUCUCUGAAUCAGAUCCACCUCCAAACUUCCCCCCCCCCCUCCUCCUUAAUCGAAGCGAUGCAGCGUAUGCAUACAUACUUACAUAUUUAUUAUAUAUAUAUAUAAAUAUAUAUAAAAAUCGCGUCCUCUUCUUCCGAGUUGUCAUCUCCGUUGAUUACUUCCCAUAUUUAAAGUCGUCAUCCAUCCACCUCCUCUAUCUCUUUCCUAGUGACUCCGCCACCAUGAGCCCGUCCGUACGAGAGAUCAACGGCCCCCGCUCCGCCCCUCUCAAGAUCCACAAGGACUCCCACCUCAUCCACAAGUCUCCCUCGUCCUCCGCGGCCACCGGCGCCCGUUGCCAGCGCAACCAUCCCGUCGUCAUCUACACUCAUUCGCCCAAGGUCAUCCACACGCAGGCCAGCGACUUCAUGGCGCUCGUCCAGAAGCUCACCGGUCGAUCCCAGUCCCCCGAGGACGACAACGGAACCAACGACUCCGCUCCACCGCCGGACGUUUCACGUGAAGAUGACGCCGCCGUGUCCGGUGAUUCAUCUUCCCGGUUCAUAAGCUCCUCGUUGUCAUCUGCCACGACGAUGUCUUGGGCGGGGUUCGACACUGUGCCACCACCGAACCUGUCGUCGGCGGAGACACCGAUGCUGUUGACGCCCGGCUUCCCGAGCGCAUUCUUUGAAUGCAUGGAUGCAAGUGGGGCAGUGUCGCCUUCUGUCGUCGAAGCGAUGAGUAUUGACAGCUAUGGAGGGAGACGGCGUCCCCGAGAGUGAGUGAGCAAUCAAUAAUUCUUCGUUUCUUUUCGUCCGCCGAUGUUAAUAAAAAUGGGCUCAUAUGAUGAUCCCUUCUUGGUUA